AUGUUGACACCAAAUCACUCCUAUCAUUUCCUCAUUCAUUUGAUUCUCGUCAUUCCCGUCUUUUCUCGUGGACAUCUCUUGAUUGAUCCCGAGUUUAUUCGAGAAGACUAUCCAGAGGAUCGAGUUCGACCAUUGCCCACCACCACACUACCGGCUUUACAAAUCCAACGAAACGAUUUUCGAUUAACUGGUCUUGAUGGAUUCCCAGAGGACAUCGAUGCUGCGAUUUAUGAAUCAAAGGAGAUUGAACGUCCUCGCGUUGGCUCCAGAGAGUUAGAAGCGAAACGCGCCCGAAUGGGGUUGAGUGUCGAAGAGAAGAAAAAAGUCGAUUAUUAUAUGGGAAAGCUGAAAGAUCUCCAACAGAAUCUCCAUCCCGAACAACUUUCAGCCAAGGAUGAACUUGAGUCGAAAAACCCGCACGGAUGGUAUCGACGACUUCGAAAUGACGUGACGAGUCCCGAAGAAAACGGAAAUUAUUUUGAAGGUGAUAUCGUUCUUUUCCCCGAUCAGGCCAAAGAGAUCUACGAGCGAGCAUUGAAGAGUGGAAAACGACGAGUCAAAAGAAAGUUUAUCGGCUCUUCACUGCGACGCUGGGACCCAAAGCGACCGAUUGUUUAUAGUUUUGAUGGAUCUCAUACCGCUCGAGAGCAACGAAUCAUUGAGUUGGCGUUAGAGCAUUGGCACAACAUCACUUGCCUUAAUUUCAUUCGGAAUGACAACGCCAGAAGCGGGAAUCGAAUUGUCUUCACGGAUGUGGAUGGAUGUGCAUCGAAUGUGGGAAGACAUCCGAUUGGUGAAGAGCAACUCGUAUCACUUGCACCUGAAUGCAUUCGAUUAGGAGUAAUCGCUCACGAAGUGGCUCAUGCACUCGGUUUCUGGCAUGAGCAGAGUCGCCCCGAUAGAGAUCAAUAUGUGCAUGUACGAUGGGAAAAUAUUGACAAAGAAUCAAAAGGUCAAUUCCUAAAAGAGGAGCCUGACGAUGUGGACAAUGCGGGAGUUCCUUAUGAUUAUGGAAGCAUUAUGCAUUAUCGGAGUAAAGCUUUCUCGCGUUUUGAAGAUUUGUAUACAAUCAAUACUUUUGUCGCAGAUUAUCAGAAAACGAUUGGUCAGAGAGAUCAACUUUCUUUCAAUGAUAUUCAAUUGAUGAACAAAGUUUAUUGUAAUGAUGUUUGUCCACAAGAGUUGCCGUGUCAACGAGGCGGUUAUACUGAUCCGAGAAGAUGCGAUCGUUGCCGAUGUCCGGAUGGUUUUAAGGGUCAAUUCUGUGAAGAGGUGAUGCCUGGGUAUGGAGCAGUUUGUGGAGGAAGGAUUCCUGUCUCAACGCACGAAUGGACAAGAAUAGCUAGCCCGAAUUAUCCUCAAGACUUUAAAGAAGGUCAAGAGUGCAGCUGGUUGUUACAAGCACCACCGGGAAUGCUUGUCGAAAUGCAAUUUUUCGGUGAAUUCGAAAUGUAUUGCAAAGUUCGUCAUUCAUUAUGUAUGGAUUAUGUGGAAGUGCGGAAUUCGACCGAUUUCGCGAAUACGGGAAUGCGAUAUUGCUGUUAUGGCACUCCACAAACAUUGGUGCAUUCAGCGACGGAGGAUAUGCUAAUUCUAUUUCGAUCAUUUUAUCGUGGUGGAAAAGGUUUUCAGGCUCGCGCAAGAGCAAGAGCACCAGCUGGUCGAUGGGCACAAUGGGGCUCGUGGAGUGCGUGCACGGCAAGCUGUGGAGCGUGUGGAACAAGAAUGAGAACAAGGACAUGUCCACAGGGAAUGGCUUGCAUGGGUGUUCCCUUUGAGAUGGAGGUGUGCAAUGAUCAACCGUGUUCGGGAAUGUGUGCGCGACGAAAAAGCGAAGAUGGUGAAUGUGCCGGAUUUCUUGCUUUACUACGUGGGACAAGAUGCAAAACUGAACGAACAGUACUUGAGCCAUGCCAAAGCGCUUGUUGUCCCGGUUUUACUCCUCGCGGUGGUCGAUGUCUUCGA